ACCUCGUGGGCGCCAAGAACAACGGCCAUUGCACACAUAUCAAGAAACCAGCCAAAUUGCCCACGAGCUGCUAGACUAGCUCCUUGUUUGAUCAGUCCAAUUUCAGAUCAGAUUCUCUCCGUCUCACACACUCACAUUGAAACUCUCAAUCACUUACCAAAUCUCAAUGUGAUCAUUGAACUAUAAAUUUCACUCCAAAUUUAUAGUCUUUUCAAGGACGAGCUAGUGGUGAAACAUGAUUUCAUCUGUUAUUUCAAGAUUUAGAUUUUGCUCUUCAUCAACAACUCUCAUUUGGGUUCUUUCUUUUUUCUCCAUAAUCCAUUCUUAUUGUCACAUUAAUCGUCGUCAUUAAGGAUUAUUUUCAUCUGGGGUUUUGAAUUUACAGGAUUUUAUUGCAUUAAUGUACUUAUUUUAGGUCUUUUUUAAUUUAUUUAUUUAGUGUUGAUGGCUUCUUCAAUGUUUUUUAUCAUCUGCAUCCUCCACUCAACCAUUGCAAUAACAUUAGGAUCAUUAAUAAUGUUCUAUCUCAAAGAAAUCUCAGUGGUUGGCCAUGGUACUGAAACAGCUCAAAAGCUUUUAGGAUCAACCCCGCAUGACCAGCUGUUGAUCCAAAUCUCCAAUUCUUUUGCGGGUCUGCUUCUGUUUGUAGUUGGUUUUUUGGUGUUCAUGGUGGCAUUUGUCAAGGACAGAGAGUUCCAAAACUUUUUUGCUAAAGGGUGUGCUCUUCUCUACGUAGUAAUGGCUCUUUGGAGGUUUUACUUUGAAAGAAGGGUUGAGGAUUUGGCCUGGGAUUGGCCUAAGCAGGUAGUUGGAGAUUUUGUGAUGGCACUUUCAUGGGUGUUCUUUCUCUUGUAUACUUGGAGAGAAAAAUAUGAUUAGUCUUAAGAAGAUCCGUGUCUCAAUAAUGUAGAAAAACAUUGAAGAUUUCUCAAUGCUUGGUGGCUGCACUAUUGAAUAUUAAUGCAGCUGCAGAUCACAGCUUUUUCUGGCAUAAAUGUGCACGUUGCUUUUUCCAAUCAAGGAGAGAGUUGGAGGUGGAGCACGGUUCUUCAUUAUAGGGUUAGUGCAUUGUGACAGUGUGCCUACUGUGCUGUGAAGGGAUGGAUGGCCUUUUGAGGUCUUUGAUAUAUUUUCACUCCAUUUUGAGAAUUAUGCCAACUCUAGAAGAAAUUCAAUUUCUUGGCUCACAAUUUCCCUUGGAGUUCAAUUAUUGAUUUAUUGUUUGAAUCCUGCUUGUCAAGAAAAUCUGGCUGCUUUCUUAUUUUCAACUUUGUCUUAAAUCUCUAUGUAAGAGUGCUCAAUUCCAUUGUAAUUUAUAAUGAGAUCGACUUUGUAAUCA